UGUCAAUCGAGUGUUGUGUGAUAAUAAAACUGUUCGCGAGUGAAAACCUCUUUGCAAGGCAACUCAGCAAAAUGGUGUUCAAUUUCAAAGUGUUCAAAAAGUGCGCACCUAAUGGAAAAAUUACCUUGUACAUGCCGAAGCGCGAUUUUGUCGACCACAUAUCUUACGUGGAGCCAAUAGAUGGCGUAGUGUUGCUCGAUGAGGAAUACGUGCGCGGACGCAAGGUGUUCGGCCAAGUGGUGUGCACUUUCCGUUAUGGACGCGAAGAAGACGAGGUCAUGGGGUUGAACUUUUACAAGGAGCUGUUCCUGGCCUCAGAACAGAUCUAUCCACCCCCCGAGAAGAGAAACUAUGAUUUGUCACGCACUCAGGAGAGACUGCUUAAGAAGUUGGGUGAGUCAGCGGUGGCAUUCCGUCUGACCGUGCCUGCCGGGGCACCCGGCUCUGUCACCCUGCAGCCCGGCCUUGAGGACGAGGGUGAACCCUGCGGUGUCCACUACUAUGUUAAACUCUUCGUUGGAGAUUCCGAAAUCGAUCGUUCGCACAGAAGGAGUACAGUAGCAUUGGGUAUUCGUAAAGUGCAGUACGCGCCGGCGAAGGUUGGUCCCCAGCCGUGCACCGUGGUGCGCAAGGACUUCGUGUUGUCGCCUGGCCAAUUGGAGCUUGAACUUACGCUCGACAAGCAGUUGUACAUGCACGGUGAAACCCUGGCUGUGAACAUGUGCAUACGUAAUCACAGCAACAAGGUGGUGAAGAAGAUCAAGGCGAGCGUUCAGCAGAAUGUGGACGUGGUGCUCUUCCAGAACGGACAGUACCGCAACGUGGUUGCCUGCAUCGAGACACAGGAUGGAUGCCCAUUGCAGCCUGGCUCCAGCUUGCAGAAGGUGCUGCACCUGACGCCCAGCAUUGACCAGAACCGUGACAAGCGCGGCAUUGCCCUGGACGGCCAACUCAAGCGAUCCGACACUACACUCGCCUCCACCACCCUGUUGCUGGAUCCAGAGCAGCGUGAUGCUUUCGGUAUCGUGGUGAGCUACAGCGCCAAGGUCAAACUGUACCUAGGAGCUUUAAGUGGAGAGCUGGUAGCUGAGCUACCAUUUAUACUCAUGCAUCCUAAGGAAGGUCGGGCAAAAGUGAUCCACGCUGACAGCCAAGCCGACGUGGAAAUGUUCCGUCAAGACACUGUCCAUCACCAGGAGAGCGUGGAGGUGUACUAACUGCAUGGAAAGCAUACUUUAUAAUAUACCAUAUUAUGGUGUUGAUUGUUUCUCUUAAUAAUCAUUAUAUUUAAGAUCUAUAUAUAAGAAACACUCAAUAGAUCUAAUUCUACAAAAUCUAAGCCGUGCAAAAGGGUUUCAUAAAUAGUUGGGGGGUAAGCUGAAAAAAAAGGUUAAAGCUCUUACUUACAUGGCGUUAGAGUCUGUGCGGAAAGAGAAUGGGAUUUAGAUUGAAGGGCGCUGUAGUGCUUUUCUACCGUAUUUGUAAGGUUUUACCCCUUUAAGACAUAAGUAAAUACAAAAAACAACAAAUCCGUAUCAAUACAAAACUUUGACGUUUUACAGAUUUCUGGGUUUGAUUGCCACAUAAAAAUCUUAAUGUUAGUUCCGUUUUUCGCCACGCCCAUUCUCUUUUCGCAAAGACUAUAUGUUUAUUAGUGUAUGAUGAAAAAAAAACUUAUCUUCUUUUCAAAUUCAGAAAUAGACUUUGUGCAAUGAUGAUUGUAUAAAAUUUUUUUUGAAUCCUGUUUUUUUUUUAAUUUAUUUUAUAUUAUGUUUUAAAAAUACAUUAGAUGUAACAUAUAUUUUUACUAGCAGACCUAGCAAACUUCGUAUCGUCAUAGAAAUAGGGGUUGGUGGUAGAAAGGUGAAAAUUUAGGGAUUAGGGCUGUAUAAUAUUUUUAUGGCGAAUCAUAAAAUAAAACAAAAUUUUGACCAAAAAAAAAACAUUUUUGGCGUCGAACAUUUAUCACUUAGCCAUAUAAAAAAUAGUUAAUGUCUUAUUCUCAGACCUACUGAAUAAACAUACAAAAUUUCAUAAGAAUCAGUCAGGCCACUUUGGAGAAGUUUUGUUACAAACCCUGUGACACGAGAAUUUUAUUUAAUACUUAGAUGAAUUAAAAGUUUUGGUAUUGCCAAUAAUUAACAAUCGUUCCCUUCCGUUUUAGUUAAUUUGUAUAGCUGUUAGUAAAUGUUAUAACAUAAUAAAGGUUUAUAAUAUAUUUUAAUUAUAUUAUGGUUUCGACCCUGGCUUGAUUCUCGAAAUCUAAAAUUAAAUUAGACCACAGUAUAUCCUUGUCAAUCUCUAUACAGAAUGAAAAGGAGAGACAGAUGUUAAAUAAAGUUUUAAAUUUAAAGAAUCAUGCUAGAAUAGAACAUAAAAUAAAAUAGAAAAAAAUGUAUUAAUAUUAAAUGUUAUUAUGGCUGAUAGAUCUUACAUUUUUAUAAAUUUAUCAUAUUUUUCAAAUAAUAAAUCAUAUGCUCAUGUUAGAAAUAUAAAUGGACUCAUUUUAUUAAGUACCAUACUUCUCUUCCUACACCAAUUCAAUACCUUUUGCACGAACCAAUAUCGAAUUCGUAACGUUUGCGAGUCCGAAAUGUCAUUAUCAAAAGUGUACUGAUUUUUAGUUCUCGUUAGGUACUUUGUGGUGCUGCUGUUCAAGUUUCCAUACAAAAUUUGACAUUGUCAUUUUGCACUCGCAAACUAUUUGAAUUAGAUAAUGGAUCAUGCUAGGUGUACAGGGAGGCCUACUUUAAUUCAACGAAAAGCGAAAUAUCGAUAGAAACUUUGCACGUUUCCUAGUUCCUAUGUUUCUUAUUCGCAAUAAUAUUCUUUUACCUGACAAUACAGUUAGAUUUUUUAGAUUAUCUUAGCUAAGCCAAAUAAAAAUAAUAGGUACAAAUAAAUAUAACCUCUAAAUGAAGUAAUUAAAUUUCGUUUGAACUUCGUUACCGAAAGUUCAUUUCAGAGAAAGACUACCAUGACUUCUUUUACAAUACAAUACAAUACAUUACAAAACACUUUAUUGCACACCACAGAAAACAUUACAAUAUAUACAGAGCCGUUUAAAUCAGGUGUUACAAUGGGCGGCCUUCAAGCGAUCUCUUCCAGACAACCUUUGGAUGGAGAGGAUUAGAAGGAAGUGGGAGAGACGGCGGCGUAAAUUUCAAUGCAAUUUAUUAAUAUAUACAUACACAAAAACAAAUAGACAUAUAUUUUAUAUUUAUAAACAUAUACAUACAAAUACAUACGCAAAUCUAGUCCAGUCGGUAGAAAUUACAAAAGAGAUUAUAAUACAACAAUUUCACAAAUACAUAUAAUGGGACUUCACGAGAUUCUUAAAAAUGUGGAUCAAUUUCGCACGUCGUAUCGAAACUGGGAGAUAAUUCCACAGCUGAACGGCUCGAACUGCAAAUGAGUGACUGUAAAAAGUUGUACUGUGUACAGGAGUCAUGAGGGUAAGAUUUUCGUUAAGAAGAACGACUGGAACCACCAAAAUACUAAUAAAAGACAGUUUCAAAUCGAUUUGAUUUACAACGUUUCUAUUUUAUACCACGCAAUGGUAAUAGUUGUACCUAUAAGUGUCCCGAAAUAUUAUUCGCUUUUAUAGGAAAUUUCUAGGUAGGUAUUUAAUGAUAUAUCAGUUAAAAGGCGUAAUGCCUGAAUGCAAAAAAAAUCGAUCAAUAAGUUCAGCCUAUUGAUCGAUCAAUAACGUCGAUAUUUCCCAAUCUCGACACAUUGUAAAGUAGUUGCAUAAGCACAAGUACAUUACUCGUAUUUUAUUGGUCUUAAUUUUAUUUGUAAGGCUCUGACGAAAUUGACGGAAACUUUGUAUGCAUUUAGCAGAAGUUCGUCGUUUAGUAGAAAGCGCUUCUAGUUUAGUAGUGAAUUUCUGGACUGUAGCGCAGUUAAAAAUAACCGUUGUUUAGUGGUGUUCCAAAUGUAAUUCUGUUGGCGUUUAUUGCGUUACAUUGAGCCCACUCAAACAAUCAACACAAAAUCAAAUACACAGCUAGCGACCACAAAUCUGAAAAUUCUGAAAUGAUAAAACUGAGUUUUGUUUUCGUUGCAAACAACGGUGAUUGCAGCUGAUGUGAGGGGAGGGGUGGGGUGAGUGACUUCCCCCCGCCCUUCAAUCGACCGACAAACGAGGCCAUAUAAGAAUUAAAUUAAAAUCUCGUACGGACAUUGUUUCACGUUUCACCACUGAUUGAAGGGCAAACAUUCGGAAUUCGAUGGUGUUACACUUUGAUAUAGAAUAGGUAAGAAAAAAAAAUCCUUUACUUCUACUAUCUACUUAUAACGUCACAAUAUACAAUUACAUACAAUAAUUUACAUAAUAUAAAAGCUUGUCGCCAACUUUAAGUAGGUAGGUUUCAAUCUUAAUUUGAAAAUCAAAUCAAGUUUCGUUUAUGUACAGAGGUAAAUCUCGCGACAAUCUUUUAUAUUACAUAAAUUGUGUAAUGACGUUAUAAGUUGAUAGUAAAAGUUUUAAACGAAACGUUUAUUUGAUUGUUUUUAGCGCAUUUAUAAAAGUUUGCUUUUUUAAUUUCUUUAAAUUCAUUUUUUAUUUUUUUUCCAAAUUUCCAGAGAGCAGUAGAGGGUUCACAUGUCAGCACUCAUGUAACUGAAGCUGCAUUCAGUUUUGCAUUUUGCGUCGAGGUGUCAAUGAAACUCGACGUCGAUCGCGCUAACUGUGAAACGACUGAAACGAAAACGAACCGCAACUUUUUAUGACAUUUCGUAACGUGCUAAAGUUUUGACAGCUAGUUGAGAUGUAAACGUCUCUCGAUUGGACCGUACUCCAUUGAACUUCAGUCAAAAACAUAAAGUAGAUUUCAGUUGACAAGUGAAAAUUAGCGUGAUUACAGAUUUCGUAUAAAGUUGAGCUUCAUUUAGAAUUGAACUAAGCUGGACCACAAUUGAACUUUGGCCUGCAGGACUUUGCUUUGAAACCGAUAGCAGCUGAAAUAAGGCAAGCGAAAUUGCGCGUCUCAUAACUCAAUAAAUUGAGCUUGUUUGGCUUCGCCCUAGCCCUAUCAAGAAUAAAUAAUUAAGAAAGAUGUCUCAUAGUUGACGUUGCUAACGCCAUACUUAGGCCGUAUACAGAAAGAAAGCCGAAAGCCGAUCGGCGCCGAUCAGCGCCGGUCGCUGAUCCUUUUUCUAUGGACCGGCGCCGAUAAGCGCCGACAUGCGCUGGUCCGAAUAAUAAAUAAUUUGUAUUUGAAUUAUUAUCCUUAGAUUAAAUCAAUCUAAGUUAUAAUCUUUUUAUAAAUCUAAUAACUUUAUCUUUUAUUAACUAAGCGCUAAAAUUAUUUGUUUCGUACUUACCGAAUGGUGACAACAAGUCUUUCUUUUGGAAGGAUUGGUUGUUUAUGCCAAUUGCCCCAAUUUUUCAUCAAGCGGUUUUUCACUAAAUCCAAAAUGUAAUAAAAUGUUUCUUGAAUCAUUCUUGUAUAUGUAUAAAAUCUUUGUUCAUCAAAUUUAAUUUUUUUUACAAAUAAAUGAUGGUAUUCUCCGAAACGUUUCCUUUCUCUAUUUAUAGGAUGUAUAGCUGUUUUUCGCAUUUUUAAAUAAACAUUUUCUAACAAAACCAAAUCAUCGUCCGAUGAGUCCGACAUUUUGCUUGAUCUGCUUUAAUCGGCUUCCUUUAUGUAGGAAGGAUCGGCGCCGAUAAGCGCCGAUCGGCGCCGAUCGGCUUUCGGCUUUCUUUCUGUAUACGGCCAUAGAGACAUCAAUUAAUCUUAUCGACGACCUGCGUGGCCGAGUACGCGGGUUUCAAGGUGUCGCCUACUGUCUGAGAAGUCCCGGGUCCCGGUGGGGGCAGAUGUUAUGUGAUGAAAACGAGCAUUUGUACUCCAGUCAUGGUUAUGAUAGUCAUGUUUAAUAUGUAUUUCUAUAAUAAAUAUACUUAUAUAAUGUAUUCUAUGCCGUUACCUUAGUAUCUCAUAACACGAGCCUGCUUCCUUUGGGGCUAGGCUAAUUGGUGUGAGUGUUGGAAAUAAUUAUUUAUUUAUUCUUCUUCUUCUUCUUGCAAAAUGGAGAUGCACUUUGUGGAUUACGCAAGUUUAGUGUGCCUAAAGUGUACGUAGUCACUUUCUGUGUGAUAACAAGAAAAUGAAGACAUCACGUCACUUGUGUCUUUGAAAUCCGCUACUUAUAAUUAUAAGCAGAGUACUUUCGCUCUUCUUUCAGGCCUAUUUAAAAUAUUAAAGAUUUCGUCGUGUGUGCGUGGAUUCACUACCUAAUGCUAAACGAAUACAAAUUCUGUAAGUACCUACUUGUGUACUGAUUACAGUUUAGCAAAUCACUUCACUUCGGCCUGCGCAGACGAAGGACUUUUGUGCGCGGAGGACAACAGUCCCUGAAUCGUAAAGAAAAUAUCCGUCGCGGACUUGUCACGGACGUGUGACCAUUUGUCCACCGAAAUUUUAGUAUAGCCCACGCUGCCAUAGUUAAUAUUCUAAGAUUGUGUUGUACCUAUACCUAUUGUAUUUGACGUGAAGCUUCAGAGAAAAGCAGACGUUUUAAUAGUACAUUACGAUACGCGUGACCUAAGUUGCCUAUUACUGCACGGCGUGAAGUUAGCGCCCGAGCGGAGCGAGGGUGCUAAACGCCGUGCAGUAAUAGACAACUGAGGCCACAAGUAUCGUAUACUAUUUUAUAGCAAGUGUGACAUAAACCCGCCCCGGACGCGGGCAAGAGGGGGGGUUAGUGUUUUGAAAGUAAAAUUCAUUAUUGCAAUCACAAAGAAUUGCAAUACAGACUGCAAGUCAAACUCUGAAAAGAAAGAAUUCCGGUUCAGAUUACCAUUUUGAAAGUAUAUUUCAAAAGGAAAAAAUCAAAUAUCAUUACAACAAAAUAGAAUUUCAAUGUAUCCAUGAACGUUUAUUCCUUGAUUGGCAUAACAAUAUAUUAAACUACGGGAAUGAGCUUUAUUUUUUGUACUCGUAUAAUUCAAACAAGAAUUCCUAACAUAUCGCUAAUUUGUCAUAUGUUUGCUGUGAGUUUUUAAGCUCCAAAUGACAUUUAAAUGUGUUUCCUUUUAUUUUUUCUACAUGAGUGAAGUUGGUCAAUUCAUUUACACACCGUGCAGAAAUAGGCAACUUAGGUCACGGAAAAGCGUGCGUAAAGUGCGGGUUUAGGUCACACUGUGCUAUAAAAGAUAAUACUGGGUCCACCUCUUCCGGAUCGCAACGUAUAAAUAAAGUUCUCUGUUUGCAUUGCUGUGCCUACAUAGUCACUGUACAAAUAAGCAUUAAAAAUAUGUAUGAGUAGUAGUUAUAACAUCUGCCACUAGAUGGCGUUGUACCGAUAUGAAAGGUUGUUUUAUUUAAGUAUAAUAAGUCAUUGAGAACGGAUUAAUCUCUCUUGUUUCGCCCUGGACACAGUUUUGUUUUUAUUUUAUCUACUAUUCAAAAGGAAAAAGCGCAGGAAACUUUUUAAUUUUUUUGUGGGAUCUGUACAUUCACAUUAGUUUUAUUUUUUUCGAGGACUACCGCGUACUUUUAUCUCGCGGCGUCCUCGGUUGUUCGAGAGAUUUUUUGUACGCGGCAUUUUUAAUCUGUCAUGUGCCUUAUUCGAUGUAAGCGAUCUAUUUUGGUGGACAAAAAGUCCGUGGACAAAAGUCCCUCGUCUGCGCAGGGAUCUAAAAUUGUUUUUGUUUUAUAAUCUUAUAAAACUCGACAACGGCUGGACCGUUUACCUGAUUUUGGUCCUGAAAUGUGUGCCGUAGUCCAGCUUAAACGGUAAGAGAAUAAAUGGAAAAAUUGCGAGGAAGAUAGUAAAAACAACAAAACUAUUUUCUCAUACAAACUGAUCUACCUAAUUUUUUGUCAAACAUUUGACGUUCGUCUCUUCGAUACGGUAGACUCUGGUCUUUUGAAAAACUUUGGUGCAAGUGAGCUCUAUAUUUUAAUUUCAAAUUAUCAAGAGACACCUGGAGAAUUUUUCCCAUACCACGUAUUCGUUCGUUCACAGUAAACGUAUAUUGUAGUGCUAUGCUUUCUGACGCAGUAGUUGUCUGGUGUCUUUGUAAGAUGGCGCUAUUCUCAUAUAUUUCAUCAUAGCAUCUCUUGUUAAAUUAUCAUUUUCAAAAACUAUAUUUACGUUUAAUUAUCAGAAAUAACUUCAAAUUUUGAAUUAAUAAAUUAUUUAAUUCGUUCAUUAAUGAGAAAUUUAUUAACCCACAUUCACCUCCUUAACAAUAAACGAAGACUAAGCUUGGAUUAUUUACUCUAUGUUUUGUAUCGGUUGAUUGAAUGACAAAUGGUAUUUGAGAACAAACGAACAAAACACGGUGUAACUAGUCUUACUUAGCUUAUUCCUUGUUUAUUAAUAAGGAUGUAUGUCAAUGUAUGCAAUAAAAGUAAAAACAUUUUAAAAUUACCUACUCAAUUAUAUUAUCAUAUACCUAGAUAGGUACCAAUCGUUAGAUUUUAUAAUUCGUUUUACAGGUUUUUUUAGUUAAAAACUUUUGCCUGCGGCUUCGCUCGCGUUAGAUUAACCGCGCAUUCUUGGUGCUCCAUACAAACUUUGAACCACUGUUUUGUCCUUUUAAGUAGGGGGUGAUUUUUGGCAAAUACUUUCAAAGCGCAUGCCUACAUCAUAAUGGAUAUAUGUGGUCCAAAUUUCGCCAAUCUGUUUAUUGAUUUGAUCGAUUGAUAGAGAUCUGAGGGGCUCAAUGGCGUGGGUGGUUAGUGCGUUCGGCUGAGAUCGUUGAAGUUAAGCAACUUUCGCAGUGGUCGGUCAUAGGAUGGGUGGCCAAAAAUCUUCUAUCUCGAGUUCCUCCGUGCUUCGGAAGGCACGUUAAGCCGUUGGUCCCGGCUGAAUCUGCAGUCGUUAGCAUCCGCCAAUCCGCACUGGGCCCGCGAGGUGGGUCAUGGUCCAAUCUCCCUUUUCCAUCCAUAGGGAAGGCCUGUGCCCCAGCAAUGGGGACAUUAAUAGGCGGAUGAUGAUGAUUGAUAGAGCAGCCAGUAACGGUUACCUUUUAUUAUUCAGAAGAUAAAUUAAAAAUAAUAAUUAUUUAACACUACGCAGAGUGUAAGUAACCAGCAUUAAUUUAACUAUAAAAAA